AUGCCCAGCCCGACCAUCCCUCGUGCUUCCUAUCGCUUCCAGUUGAAGCCGCAGAAAUGCCGAGAAGCUCCAGAGCCACCGCAGAAGCCCUUGACAUGGAAGGCGCUUUCGCAGGCCCAGGCCUCCAAAGAUGCUUCGUGGUGUGCGACAGCUUCAGAUAUUGCGGAGAAGCACGUGAAGUCUGCAUUUGGGGGCUUGAAGGAAGCACUCCGUGGAUUCCGUGCUGAGAAGAUGGAAAAGCCUCAGAGGUCGAUGCCAGUCAUUUUGGCGUUGGCCGGAACAUCGGCGAAUGACCACCACGCGACGAUGUGCCGAGCAAGGGAGCUUCUUCACCAGGAAGUGCCCAAAGUUUGCACGGCUCUCGUGAGGCCAAGGGACUUCGCCAGCCUGAAUGCGGCAAACCGAGCAAUUGGUGAACAGCUGCAAGGAGGAGACUCUUCAAGCCAGCUUCAAGAAGCAGAAGCCGAUGACGAGGAUGAGUGUACCGCAGCAUCGAGCUUCGUUAGCUGCCACAGCAAUUCUAGAUGUAUGACCGUCUUAUGCAUCGAAGCAGCGGAUGCCGUGCCGAAGCAGAUACUGAAAGAUGUUCUGGCAUACUGGCAUGAGAACUGCAUAGCUGCUGAAAUUCCUAUAGUGGCAUUCCUCGGGUUGAAGCGUCUGAAGGCAAGUCGAACUGAACUGUUUGACUUGGGCAGUGAGCCAGGCGCAUUCCACCACAUUCAGACAGUGUGCCUUUUCGAUCCCGAAAAGGUGUUCAUCGAGCUGUUGGGCAGAAUGAAGGAGGUGCGUUGUCCACUUGCGCGCACACCAGCCGUGCAGAAGUCACUAAGGCAUAUCUUCCAGCAGUUUCAGCAGAGCGUCUCGCAUGUCCUGGACAUGGUUUGCCUGCUCGCUGCGAAGGACUUCAACUGCAGCCAGGAAUCCCUGACGGAUGCCGAGCGGCACCUAGUGAGGAAAACCGAGGGCAGCCUGCGCAUGCUUGCAGCAGAAGAGCCGCACGAGGGCGCUGCUAAGGAUGCAGGCAGCCCCUUGCGAGACACUGCUCGCAUCUACCAGUAUCUGGAAUGUUCUGUCGGCCGGCAGGUCAAGGUCGCAGAUCUUUGGGCCUCGUGUCAGAAAACGAUGUUUGCAUCAUUGGCUGACGAAGUCGCUUUGCCCAGAUUUCGACAGGCCUUAGCAACUCUUCACUUGCUGGGGAUUGUCUUUUUCGUACGUGGCAACGCGCAGAAGGGCGUGAGCGGAUGGCACCUCAAAAGACGCGUAUUUGGACGCGUAUGGUGGUACAAGGAGAUAUCCAACUUCGGCAAGGCAGGUCGCUCGAAGAUCUCGGGGUGCGAUGUGGAGGUUUCGCCAUGCAGAAGUCUGUCGAGGUCAGAGUCGAUGUCGAGUUCGAUGUCUGCGGAGAAGUCACCUGUGUCGGAGCGGUUCGCAACUCCAGCAAAGGUGCCCGUGUCCCUGGAGCCUGGCCCUGGAGCCCUGCUGAAGAGGCUUCCCUUUCCGCGAGUGUUUGACGUGGAAGAGGGGACGUUCACCACUCCCCAGAAGAAGCGGGCCCGACUGCAAAGAAUCAUUCAUGGGCCGAUCGAUGUAAACUGA